GACCAGUAGCGAAUCGAUCUCCCCGGUCGAGUUAUUCCAGUCGAGCGAUACUCUGCGCAUUUACGUCGCGCCCGCGACUUUCUUUCCGUAAGCGUCCCCGAGUACAUCGAAUCUCGUGAACUAUGUCCGAGGCAUACGUCGACGAGUACGAGCACUUCAACUACGACUACGACAAGCACAUCUUCACCUCGCACGGCGGUAAGCAGAGGAGCAAACGCGAGGCUGUCGCGCACACGAAUCACUUCGACCCGAGCGGCCAUUCCAGAAAGAUUCUCACCAAGCUGAUGAACACCGAGCACAACAAACGGCAGACGACGAGCAAGAGCAAGGCGUAAAAGAUUACGGACGUUCCUAUUCUCGCGGCCGGCGUCUUCAAGGAUCUCAUCUCACAGGGUUUUCCCACCUAAGGCGACCGGAAUAAAAAUAUAUAUAUUCUUUUGUUUUUACUAUCGAGAAUGCAUUUAGUCGUAGAUUCUUACUCAACGUAAGAUCGGCACGAUAGUUCGUACCUCUCAUCGCAUCUUUUAUUAUGUCAAAAGCACGCG